GACGUGUGACAGUGACAUGACGAUGCGGGUGGUUUGAAUCGGUUUCCCAGGAUUCCUUGCGGUGGCCACUACCCGGAUUUCGUAGAAAACCUGUGGGCGGAGCCACGAGAGGUCCUGGGAAAGGAAGGAGUAUGGCGGCUGUGUUGGUGUUCUCAUCCCCUUUCCCCAAACUCCGUCGUCUUCUCCAAAGCUGUUGGGGACAACUUGGCGGCCACGCGGGGCCAUGGGCUCCUGCUUUAGCAAUACCAGCUCCAGAUUCUUUAUUCAAUCCUGUGGAAGAGAAAACAGAGUAUUUUGAAAACCCCAGCUUUUUAGACAGCAUACUUUGGAUGCCAGCUCCAAAGUCCAGGCGGACAAUUGAAGUUAAUCGUAGCAGACGAAGGAAUUCUGGCCAUCUUAUAAAAAUAAAGAGAAACAUAGAUAUUUGUCCUGAAUGUGGCAACCUGAAAGAGAAGCAUGUUCUUUGUGGCUAUUGUUAUGAAAAGGUUAAACUGGAAACCUAUGCCAUAAAAAAUCAAAUUAGAUUAUUGGAAAAUGGACCACAUAAGGCUCCCACUGUAGAAAGUGUUGUGCUCUAUACAGGAGAAAAACCCAGAAAUGAAGAUGAAGACAAGCGAAUUAUCGAAAGAAACAGGAAACGUCCAUCUUGGUUCACACUGGACUAAACAGACAUUGCAAUGGAAUGAUUGAUUCCCUUAUAUACAAAUCCUACUUUGGA